UCCAAUCCCUCCCAAUCAUGUGAUUCAGGUGUUCCAAUCCCCUCCAUAUCAUGUGAUUCAGGUGUCCCAAUCCCCUCCCAAUCAUGUGAUUCAGGUGUUCCAAUCCCCUCCCAAUCAUGUGAUUCAGGUGUUCCAAUCCCCUCCAUAUCAUGUGAUUCAGGUGUUCCAAUCCCCUCCAUAUCAUGUGAUUCAGGUGUUCCAAUCCCCUCCAUAUCAUGUGAUUCAGGUGUUCCAAUCCCCUCCAUAUCAUGUGAUUCAGGUGUUCCAAUCCCCUCCAUAUCAUGUGAUUCAGGUGUUCCAAUCCCCUCCAUAUCAUGUGAUUCAGGUGUUCCAAUCCCCUCCCAAUCAUGUGAUUCAGGUGUUCCAAUCCCCUCCACAUCAUGUGAUUCAUGUGUUCCAAUCUCCUCCAUAUCAUGUGAUUCAGGUGUUCCAAUCCCCUCCAUAUCAUGUGAUUCAGGUGUUCCAAUCUCCUCCAUAUCAUGUGAUUCAGGUGUUCCAAUCCCCUCCAUAUCAUGUGAUUCAGGUGUUCCAAUCCCC